AUGUCGUGGGAAGCGCAGUCGCGGCGCGUGCGGCAGGUGCAGCAGCGCCUCGACGCGAAGCUCACCGCCUAUUCCCAGCUGGUUUCCGAUGCGGCGUCGAACUCGAGUCCGCUCAGCACGGCGCCGUCGGUCGCAGUCGACAUGAAUAGCGGUGCCACGUCCGCAACGCCGGAUCCGGCGUCGCUCGAAGCCGAGAUCCAGGCGCUGCUCGUGCAGUACGCCGAUGCUCAGGCCGAGCUUUCGACGCUGCUCAAUGACCCUGCGCUGCCGCCGACGCAGACGCAGCUGCAUACCGUCCAGCGCCACCGUGAAUUGCUCAUGGAGCUGGAGCGUGACUUUUUCCGGACCAAGACGAACCUGCUCCACGCGCUGAGCCGCAAGCAGCUCUUGGGGCACGUCAAGGAGGAUAUCAGCGCCUACCGUGCGCAGCAUCAGUCCGAGACGCAGGCGUACCUCGACGAACGCGCCCACCUCGACCGCUCGCAACGCAUGAUGGACGAGACGUUGGACCAAGCGUACGCGACACAGAGCGAGUUCCGCGCGCAGCGCAACCAGCUGAGCAACACGCUGCAGCGCAUGACAAACGCCGCCGCGCAGGUCCCGGGGCUCAACAGCAUUCUGACAAUGAUCACGCGCCGCCGCCGGCGCGACACGAUCAUCCUCGCCGUGCUGAUCGGCGUCUGUGUCGUGAUUCUACUCAUGGUCGGUACACGGCGAUAG